AUGAAACACAAGAUCCUGAUUGUGAAGAACGAAGCUCCUGCCGAGGUGCAGAUCACCGCCGAGCAGCUGCUGAGAGAAGCCAAGGAGAGGGAGCUGGAACUUCUGCCGCCCAAGCAGGAGAUUACCGUCAAGGAGGAGCUCAACGACUCCAAGCUGAGGAAGAGGAAGUACAGCUGUGAUCAGUGUGGUGCGGCUUUUGCCGUGAAAGGUAAUCUUACGACUCACCAACGUAUUCACACUGGUGAGAAACCAUACAGCUGUGAUCAGUGUGGAGCGGCUUUUGCCCUGAAAAGUAAUCUUACAACUCACCAACGUAUUCAUACUGGAGACAAGCCUUACAGCUGUGAUCAGUGUGGAGCGGCUUUUGCCCUGAAAAGUAAUCUUACAACUCACCAACGUAUUCACACUGGAGACAAGCCUUACAGAUGCGUACAGUGUGGAGUGGCUUUUGGCACGCAAGGUCAUUUGAUGAGUCACCAACGUAUUCACACUGGAGACAAGCCUUACAGCUGUGAUCAGUGUGGAGUCGCUUUUGCCCAGCAAGGUGUUCUAACGAGACAUCAACGUAUUCACACUGGAGACAAGCCUUACAGAUGUGAUCAGUGCGGAGUGGCUUUUGCCCGGAAAGGUGAUUUGACGAAUCACCAACGUAUUCACACUGGAUUCAAGCCUUACUGGUGUGAUCAGUGUGGAGCGGCUUUUGCAGAGCAAGGUGUGCUAACAAGACAUCAACGUAUUCACACUGGAGACAAGCCUUACAGAUGUGAUCAGUGUGGAACGGCUUUUGCUGAGCAAGGUCAUUUGACAAGACACCAACGUAUUCACACUGGAUUCAAGCCUUACAGGUGUGAUCAGUGUGAGGCGGCUUUUACCCAGCAAAGUGAUCUAACGAAACACAGACGUAUUCACACUGGUGAGAAACCAUACAGCUGUGAUCAGUGUGGAGCGGCUUUUGCCCUGAAAAGUAAUCUUACAACUCACCAACGUAUUCACACUGGAGACAAGCCUUACAGAUGCGAUCAGUGUGGAGUGGCUUUUGGCACGCAAGGUCAUUUGAUGAGUCACCAACGUAUUCACACUGGAGACAAGCCUUACAGAUGCGAUCAGUGUGGAGUGGCUUUUGGCACGCAAGGUCAUUUGAUGAGUCACCAACGUAUUCACACUGGAGACAAGCCUUACAGCUGUGAUCAGUGUGGAGUCGCUUUUGCCCAGCAAGGUGUUCUAACGAGACAUCAACGUAUUCACACUGGAUUCAAGCCUUACUGUUGUGAUCAGUGUGGAGCGGCUUUUGCAGAGCAAGGUGUGCUAACGAGACAUCAACGUAUUCACACUGGAGACAAGCCUUACAGGUGUGAUCAGUGUGGAGCGGCUUUUGCCCGGCAAGAUCAAUUGACGAGACAUCAACGUAUUCACACUGGAUAAAAAGUGUACAUUUGUAAUCAGUGGUGAUAUCAUUUAUUUUGAGAGUUCAGUUAAAAUCCACCAAUGUAGUUUAGUCAAUUUAGUUUGAAAGAAACAUACUUGAGCAAUGAAUGCAAGAGAUUGUUUUUGACAUGUUCAAAAAGAAGUAGGAAGUAAAAAAACUUCUCCUUCCCCUUGAACUCAAUACCAUGUUUUCACAUA